UAGAGAGGAAAUCCGACAUAGAGCCUGUGUCUAUUAGGACACGAACGGGCUCGUCCUUGAUAAACGCGUCAAUCACACGAGUUUUGGGCACCUAUAGGAAGCGUCGUCCUCGUCGCCAGAUUCCGGCUGGCUUAGAGUCGUCGUCGGCCAACCAUUGGCGAUAG